UCGGUCCAAAUUGGAUCUGAUAACCCGGGAUACGUCCAUCUCCUCAGUCGGAAUACAGGUGUAUGCAUAUUAGGGUUCCUUUUUUUGGGCCUGGGGAACUCCAAUUUUACACUUUUUUUUACACUUCUCCGGUGGCAGAUAACGUCCGGGUAAAAUCUCGAGAGUAUUUGGAUUGGGAUUUUCCCGCUUGCAUUCUACUUUGUUUGCUGAGUUAUUGCAGUUUUAGACUGCUGAGUUUAAGUAGAAGCCAUGGAUGAGGAGAAGAUGGAGAAACUGAGGAUCCAGUUGCAACAGUUAUUGAAUGAGACCCAAGAAUUUGUCCAGAAAAUCCCGCCAAUGCAGCUCUACGCCGCAAUUGGAGUAGUUAUAUCCACUAUAUUUCUCUUCUUAAUCAUUCGUCUUUUCAAGCGUAAAUCAUCUAAUACAAUUGUCCUAACUGGACUAAGUGGAAGUGGCAAAACUGUUCUGUUUUACCAGCUUCGAGAUGGCUCCUCCCAUCUUGGUACUGUGACAUCAAUGGAACCAAAUGAAGGAACAUUUGUACUACACUCCGAGACAACUAAGAAGGGAAAAAUAAAGCCUGUUCAUAUUGUUGAUGUUCCUGGGCAUUCUCGUCUUCGACCCAAACUAGAUGAGUUCUUGCCGCAAGCAGCUGGCAUAGUUUUUGUGGUGGAUGCUGUGGAAUUCUUACCAAAUGUUCGUGCUGCCUCAGAGUACCUGUAUGAUAUUUUGACAAAGGCAAGUGUUGUCAAGAAAAAGAUUCCUUUGCUGCUUUUGUGCAACAAGGUAGAUAAAGUCACUGCACAUACAAAGGAUUUCAUCCGAAAACAGCUGGAGAAGGAAAUUGAAAAACUUCGUGCAUCAAGAACAGCAUUGUCUUCGGCAGAUAUUACUAACGAAUAUACACUCGGAGUACCUGGGGAAGCCUUUGCAUUUCAUCAGUGCUAUAACAAAGUUAUGGUUGCAGAAGCAUCUGGUUUGACCGGUGACACCUCUCAGUUAGAGCAGUUUAUUAGGGAAUAUGUAAAGGCUUAGCUUGAUAUAUGCCAUACGGAACCAGAGUUGUGGUUUUCUGUAAUCUGCAGCCAGUUUCCAAAUUACCCCCACUGCCGAUCUUGUGAGAGUAAUGAAAUGUGCAAAAGGUAGGAUCUAGGAACAUGAAGUUCUCGAGGCACUAUUCUGAUGUACGUUAAACUUGAAUCACUUGAUCAUCAAAUCCCAGAUCCGGAAUACGUGUGGCUAUUGCAAUCCUGGGUGGCUAUUCUUUGUUUCUUUGGAUUGUCCCCUUCGCUUUUCGUGAGAUGAGUCAUUUUAAUAGAGAAGUUGGAUCUUAUGAUAUUUGAUUGGUUUGAGAACAGUCCUUUACUGCCUCUUGGUGGACAUUUUUAUCUUUCUAGGGCCCUUAUCCAUUUGUCAUCUUGUCUAA